AUGGCGCACAGCUGCUUCUCUUGUCGCGCGGCGGCUUCUCCUUGUCGCGCUGCUGUUGGUGCGCGACCUCCUCCUGCCACUGCGGGCGAAUUGGCGCUUCUGCAGCGUUUGCAGCGCCUUGCGCAUGACUGCUCCGCCCUCAUUCGGCGAUUUGCCUUACGUCAACAGUCACUGACGACCUGGCGCGAGUCUGCUGCUGCAUUGGCGGCGGCCACCUGCUCUUGCUACUCGACGUCUGCAGCACCUGCUGCUCCUGGCGAAUGUGUGUUGCAUCUGUACGGCGACACUUGGCGCUUGGCGAGUGGCGCGGGCGACGGGGACCAGCAGCGACUGACACUCAGCAGCUGGACUGGCGACCGGCGCUCAGCAGCAUCAUCACCACCCGGCGGGCUGCAGCAGCACACUUCCUUGCAGCAGCUGCGGCUGGUGAUGCACUGGAACAGCACCAGCAGCGCUUGGCGGGCGGCAGCAGCACCAGCAGCGCCUGGCAGGUGGCAGCAGCACCAUCGCCCGGCAGCACGGCGGCAGCUCCUUGUGGCGCACGGCAGCAGCAGUGACAGCCUAGCACCUGACGGACAGCAGCACAUGGCGGGCUGCAGCACCUGGCGGGCUGCAGCACCUGGCGAGCUGCAGCAUCUCCCCCUGACGCCCUGCAGCAGAGGUGGACGGCUGCACCAGCAUGGCAGCAGCAGCGGCAGCUCCUGGUCCCCAGCAGCUGGUUUCUCUGAAGAGCAACUGUUGGCGCUUGACAGCUGCAGCGGAUGGCUUAGGGCAGCUGCACCAGCGGCUCCUGGAAGGCAGCAGCAGCUCUAG